CAAAAAUGUCUCAUUCAAUCAUCUCAUUUUGCCGUCAAUCCAUUCGUUGCAUUGAUUCAUACAUAGUACAUUAUAUUUUUUCACUGUGCUUGUAAAUUAGUAAUUCAAAAUGUCAAGCAAUAUGUGGAAAGAUAAGAAAACUUACGCUGCUUUACUUGCCGAAUUUUUGGGAACAUUGCUUUUGGUUUUUAUUGGUUGUGGUUCUGGAACAAAUUGGGGGGACGGGUCUGGGUCCAUUAUCCAGAUUUCGUUAGCAGUUGGCUUCACCUUAGCAUCCAUUGUACAAACUAUCGGUCAUGUCUCCGGAGGUCACGUUAACCCCUCUGUUACCGUUGCAAUGAUGGUGACCCAGAAAAUCAACCCAAUUCUGGGAUUUUUGUAUAUCUUGGCGCAAUGCGGGGGUGCUUUAGUUGGAUCGACUCUUCUCAAAUCCGUGUUACCCGAAGAAGUUCGGGGCAAUCUUGGAGCCACAGUGCCUCACCCUAGCCUUUCGGCACUUCAAGCUUGUGGUGUUGAAUUUCUUGCCACGUUUGUUUUGGUAUUUACAAUUUUUGGAGUCUGUGAUAAAAAGCGAGACGAUGUCAAGGGGUCAGCCCCACUUGCGAUUGGAUUCAGUGCAUCAGCCUGUUGUCUCGUUGCGAUUAAGCUGACUGGUUCUUCCCUAAACCCGGCAAGAAGCCUAGCCCCAGCUAUUUUGUCGUCAACAUGGACACUGCAUUGGGUGUACUGGGUUGGGCCUUGUCUUGGAGGAGUAUUUGCUGGUCUAAUUUAUCAAUUCGUGUUCCGAGCACAAGGACAACGUCCUACACCCAAAAGGCAGGACUCUCGUGAUUAUGAAAUGUGUGCCAAAGGAGACCAGUAACUAAAUAAUUCACUAUCUGCAGUAUCUGCAAACAAAUGCAAACAAAUGUGUAUGCUUCAUGAAAUUUACGAUGCCAAAAUUAUCAGUAUUAAAGUAUAUGUAAUGCGACGUCAACACAAUAACACAUACGUACAUAACAGAAAUGGCUUGCAAAUUGUAAUUGCUUGGUCUGUUAUAUCAAUCACAAUAUUCACAAUCACAUGCCAUUAUUAAAUAUUAUGCAUUAUACAUACUUAUGAAUGUAUGGGUAGUGUGCACAUAGGUACAUAAUAGCAGCAUGUAAGAUGAGGCUCGUACAAUACACAUCCGAAAUAAAAGUCCACAUAAAACGAAA